AUGAUGCCCAACUUCAAAAUGUUCUUAACUGCCAAUUGUGCUUUAAAUUCAAGCCAGCCAUGGACGACUUUUUCCAACGUUGUAAUCUAUAAAUGUAAUUUAUGCUUAUUUGUUAUUCAUAUUUCCGGCGAAUGCCUGAAGUGUAUUCAUAAUACCGCUGGCCAGCACUGUGAUCAGUGUCUGCCCGGACACUUCGGUGAUCCUUUGGCGCUGCCGCAUGGCAAAUGUGAUCGCUGCAGUUGCUAUGCUGCUGGCACCGAGCAGGAUGAGAAGAGCAUCUCGCGUUGCGAUCAGGUCACUGGACAGUGUCAGUGCAAGCCCAAUGUGAUUGGACGCGACUGUGGCGAGUGUCAACCAGGUUACUUUAACAUUCGCUCGGGCAAUGGCUGCGAGAACUGUUUGUGCGAUCCUGUGGGCAGCUAUAACUCCACCUGUGAUCGACUCACUGGACAGUGUCACUGCAAGCCCGGUGUGGUUGGUGUGCGUUGUGAUCAGUGUGAGAACUACUACUUUGGCUUCUCCGUGGAUGGCUGCAAGUCAUGCGAGUGCGAUGCGAGUGGCUCACAGGGCUUCCAGUGCGAUCAAACGGGUCAGUGUCCAUGCAACGACAAUGUCGAGGGACAUCGUUGCGACCGUUGCAAGGAGAACAAAUACGAUCGUCAUCGCGGCUGCGUGGACUGUCCCGACUGCUACAAUCUAGUGCAGGAUGCGGCCAAUGUGCAUCGCCUCAAGCUGAAAAAUUUGAGUUCCACUCUCGACGAAAUCGCUCGCACUCCUGUUACCAACGAUGAGGAAUUUGAGGGCAAGCUGCGCGCUGUGCAGGAUAAGGUUGCCGUUUUGGCACAGGAUGCACGCUCGGGCUCGGGUGAAGGGGGACAGACCUAUGUGGAGGUCAUCAACGAUCUGCACAACCGCCUGGACAGCAUGCGUGGCCAUUUAGAGAGCGCCGAUGCUCUGCAGAAGAAUGCCAACGAUGAGAUUGUCAAGGCUCGAAGCAAUUACACGCAACUGCACGAUAUUAUCGACGACGCCAAGAAGCAGCUGCAACAGGCUUUGGACCUGCUGAAUGAUGAGGGAACUCAAGCGCUGGCCAAGGCCAAGAAUAAGUCCGUGGAAUUUGGCGAGCAGUCCGAGCAAAUCUCAGAUAUAUCGCGUGAUGCACGCGCUCUUGCCGAUCGCUUGGAGUCGGAGGCACAGUACGAUCUGAAGAAUGCCAAGGACGCCAAGGACGCCGUAGAAAAGGCACAUCUAUUGGCCAAGAAUGCCAUUGAUCUGCAGCAAAAGGUGGGCGUCGAAUUGCGCUCCGAAGUGCGACUCGAACUCGAUCAGGUGAAGCAAUCGCUGGGCGCCGUUGCUCAAACCUCCAAGGAGGCGUUGCGCAAGGCCAACGAAGUCUACGAUGCGGCUCUCACGCUGCUCAACGAUGUCAAUCGUCAGACACAGCCGGACAUUGACAUCGCUAAGUUGAAGCAGGAGGCGGUUGCGGCCAACGAACGUGCCGACUUGCUGCUCAAGCAGAUCAACGACUUGUCCGACGCCAAUGGCAAUAUCUUCGACGAAUUUGCUACCGAAAGCAAGCUGGCCCAAGUAGUGCUUCAACGCGCCGAUACCCAAAAGAAGGACGACAUUGAGCUGCUUGCGCGUGCCAAGGCAGCACAUGAGCGUGCAACCAAGGCUGUGGAACAAGGCGACAACACGCUCAAGGAGGCCAACAACACAUACACCAAGCUGGCCGGCUUCCAGUCUGAUGUGCAGCGCUCCUCGGAGAAGGCAGCCCAGGCCAUGGAAUUGGUGCCCAACAUUGAGCAGGACAUUAAUCAUGCGCGCACUCUGAUCAACCAGGCGGCCAAUGCCCUGGAGGGUGCCAACAAGAACGCCAAUGAGGCCAAGAACAAUGCACAAGAGGCACAGGAGAAGUAUGCCGAACAAGCAUCCAAGGAUGCAGAGUUGAUUCGUCGCAAGGCCAAUGAGACCAAGGUUGCAGCUCGUAAGCUGCGCGAUGAGGCUGAUCAGCUGAAUAGUCGCGUUAAGCUGACGGAAAUGAACAUCUUCCUCCUGGAGGAUAAUUCAACCAAAGAUGAUAAUCUGGUGGACGAUGCCAAGCGCAAGGUGGGUCAAGCCAAGGCCAACACGCAGGAUGCUCAGAAGCAAAUUGAAAAGGCCAACACCGAGCUGUCCGCCAUCAAGGAUGAGCUGGAGAACCUCAAGGAUAUCAACACCGCAGAUUUGGAUAAAUUGGAGAAUCGUCUGAGUGUGGUGGAGAGCGAUAUCAAUCGCGUGAAUCUAACGGGACGCAUCGAAAAGUAUCGAGAACAGCGCAAUAUACAAAAGAAACUGAUCGAUAAAUAUGGUGACGAACUGAUCGAUCUGGAGAACGAGGUGGCAAACAUUCGCCAAAUAUCAGAAGCACUGCCCGCAGGUUGCUUUAGACGCAAUCGUCUAGAGCCGUAGACUCAUCUACACUAAUUAAAAUAAUGAAUGCACUACCAACUACCAACUACUUCAAUUAACAUCUAAGUACCAGGCGAAGACGAACAAAUCAAAGUCGAAAUCGGAAAUCGCAUAUCGCAAAUCGAAUUAGCCCUUAGCCGUUGAAUGAAAUUAUAGAGUUUUAGUCUUAUAGCUGAAAUAUUGUGUUUAGUAAAAGAAGAGAAACAAAAACAAAAAACAAAACGACAAAUGAGAAACAAGAUAAACAAAACUAAGAAAUGUUAAGCUUUAAUGCAUCAGUCAUAUACAUCAUUGAUUAUAUCGAAGCAUGAUGCCCAACUUCAAAAUGUUCUUAACUGCCAAUUGUGCUUUAAAUUCAAGCCAGCCAUGGACGACUGUAUUAUAUAUUGAAAACUGUGCCGUGUACAAUUCCCUCAAGCAAUCCUCUCCGAAUCAAUUGCAUUUCUCUAAAUAUAUAUCCCAAAACUAUUCUACUCUAUUACGUACAUAUAUUAACAUAUUUUUCAUCUACGUUUAAUGUGCCAAUUACAAUAUUUUCACUGUGUUUAAGUCGAUUUACCUUAAAAAUACGAUUAAUAAAAGUUUUCCAACGUUGUAAUCUAUAAA